AUGUUCAUAACUAUCUUGGCACUCUUUACAUCGGUCUGUAUCCGCGUAACUGCUGCUGGCAGCAUUGCAAUCCUUCCUAGCCCAACCUGUUUUCUAAAUCUCAACUACACUGUCGCCGCUGGCGAAACAUGUCAGACGAUAGCCCAAAACCUAUCCGUGUCAACAAACGACAUCAUAGCUCUCAACUGCCUGAACCCGCAGUGCACAAACCUCAGAGCCAACAGUACAAUAUCUCUCCCUGGAUGUUGCACUACCUAUACUGUCCAGCAGAAUGAUACCUGCACUUCGAUUGCCUCCCCAGCUCGCAACCUGAGCCUAACGAACUUUUACACAUUCAACCCGGCGCUCAACAGCAACUGCUCGAACCUCCUCUUCGGUUCCAAUGUCUGCCUCUCUCAACCAAAUGGUACUCCACUCAGUCUGCCGUCUUGUUCAGCCCAGAACAGUGCCUCCAGCACAAGUGCAGGCACAUCUGCACCAUCCGUCGCCUCCGGCACGAAUACUACCUGCCUUCCACUGUAUACCGCGGAAACUGGCGACACUUGCGACAGUAUUGCACGGGUGUACCACUUUACCCCCCAGUAUUUCCAACAAAUCAACCCAUCUAUUAAUGGUGCUUGUACCAAUAUCAUUGCCGGGCUGGAAUACUGCGUCUCCCAGCCCUAA